AUUCAAGUAUGGCGGACGACGACAGUGAAAGCGAUGCGUCGACAAAUUUUAUAUCACCUCGGAUACUUUUCGUUCGUCUAAGAAAAGAUAAAUCUAAAGACGCCAUCGAAGAUGAAAUAUUCAAGCUCGUUAAUAAGGUGCUGGAUGAAUCCAAUGACAAUGGAGAAGUGUCAGAAGAAGCUAAAAAUUAUAUCAUCACACUACCGGACCUUUCUGCGGGUCAAAUACUCCAAGUUGCAGUAGGACCAGAGUUUGUGGGCUUAUUGUUUGAUAAUGGACGUGUCUGUAGGUUUAAAUGUGUUACAAAAAAUCUGGAUUCUUCGAAGAAGCUAUGGAACUCCCAACGGAGCCAAGAUGAACCAAGUUUCCAAGUUCAAAGCGAUGAAGCCUAUGCUAGACAGCUUCAAAACCAGUAUCUGAAUAAUGGAGCAACAACCAGCGCUGCCCCGAGACGAUCAUCAGCAUUUGGAGGUCCUAGUAUUUCUUCUUCUCGUUCUUUAAGUAGGACUACCUUCGGUAGUGGUACUCGGACAACACAGAGAUUUAUCCCAUCCUCCGUGCCAUCGUCAGGCAUGAGUGAAUCUACGACGACGGAAGCCCAACUGGGCAAGUUCCCAGGUACCAGCUCGUCAGGUGGCGACAACGAAAGUCGUGAUUCGCAGGCAAAUACAUCAGGGCAAACGAGAAGUUCAGUUAUUAAAACUGUAGGGCGUAAUAAUGGCGACCAUAGCGAGGGCAACCAAUCAUCUUCAUCAACUAAAUCUGCAGCUGUAUCCAGUGAAGAUCAGGGAAAUAAUAAGAAGAAUCUGAAAGAGCAAGACAGUAAAACUACUCAUAGUCAGGAAAAUUCUGUGGAAAAUCUAGCAGGUAAUGGUACUUCACUGUCAUCAUCACACACUUCCAGUGCUCGUCGCUCUGUCUCGUCACCAACUCUUUUGCAAAGAACAGUCUUUACUACCAAUUUUCCAGUCUUGAGGCAGUUUUCUGCCCCCUUCCUAUUUCCCUCAGCUGGUGUAUCAUUUCCUUUGUAUUCAAACUCAACAACAGGACAGAUGUUUGGGUCCAGGGGAUCACUGCGGCUUGAGCCUCGUGUUGUCAGAGCUCAACUGGCAGAAGCAGGUGCAUUUCCAAGAACACCUCCAACCUCUAGUGCACAGCGGUGCGAGAGCAGGCCAGUUGUGACCAAGUGUACAAGUUGUUGCAGUGAUGCUGAUUUCAGCUAUCCAGAAAUUGGUGAAAUGGAGUGGCUUGAGGUUGAAAAUGUAAGUACCGUAUGGUAACCCUUUAAGCCCCAAGGCUGGGCCCUCAGGAAAAUUGAAGGGAGCCCAGUGCUCUGAACCUGUUAAUUUUAGGGUGCCCAGCAUAUGAUUUGUAUGAAAAAUCUGAGAUUUUCUAGUCACCCAAGGGCAAAAGUUAGGCGCCAGGGGCCACCGGGCUCUGCUAGAACACAGCCCUGAGCCCUAAGAGUGAUCAGCAUCAAAUUUUUCCUUGUAAUAUCACUGCUUUAUAAAACAGAGUGGUCAUGAAAAUUAAGGACAUGAUAAUACAAGGUGAAUCUAAUAAUAUUAUUGAUACUUCAACAAAUUCUCCCCACUACAUGUAUUGAAAACGUUUAGGGAUAACAAAUGAGAAUUUGAAUUUUUGAUGUUUGGGUUUAAAGGAUCCAAAGGGCACAGCUGUCUAGUUCAUUUUGUGAAAAAUGCCAGUUGAUGCAUCUUUAUUUACUUUGGAACUUUAGAAUUAAACAUUCAAUGCACAGGAAACAACCAGGGUGAAGUACAAACAUAGGAAAUCUGUUCUGUUGACUAUAUGAAUACAAAACUGACUUUAAUUUGAACGAGUGAAAAGGCUUCACAAAUGACACUAAAAAACUUUUCAUGCAAAAUAAAUCUUUAUUACACGUGAAGAAACAUAAAGGUAGGUUUUUUGACUACACAAACAAAAAUGUUUCACGCUUGAACAAAUUAUUCUUUUACACAUUAUUAAUUUUUCACGGUGAACCAGAAUACUCCUUUUCAACUUUUGCAGCACGCUUUAAAUUUCCCAACCUUUUUCUACUCUUUCUACUCAUUUUAAAAUAUUUCUAAAAAGAUUUAAAAACAUUUCUUGGCUGCUGUAUUGUAUGAUAUGAAAUCUUUACCUCAACUUUACAGAGACUUUGAUUUCAGUUGGCCAAUCAAAGCAUGACACUUUUUAUUUCUUCGGUGAAAAGUUGCUGCAGGCAAGUGUGGUUAAAAAACUGGCUGCUAUUUUGAGCCCUGUAUGUUGUAUUAAUGUACGUUGGUUCUUACUGCAAUUCGAACAUUUUCUGUGUGUGCUGUCUGCUCACAUCAUGUGCAGUUUUUUUAUUAAAAUGGAAUGACUCUGGAGCACCAAACUAUAAAACAAUAUUGACUACAACCAUUUUUAUUCAUUUCAUUUUUUUGACUACACAAACAAAAAUGUUUCACGCUUGAACAAAUUAUUCUUUUACACAUUAUUAAUUUUUCACGGUGAACCAGAAUACUCCUUUUCAACUUUUGCAGCACGCUUUAAAUUUCCAAACCUUUUUCUACUCUUUCUACUCAUUUUAAAAUAUUUCUAAAAAGAUUUAAAAACAUUUCUUGGCUGCUGUAUUGUAUGAUAUGAAAUGUUUACCACAACUUUACAGAGACUUCGAUUUCAGUUGGCCAAUCAAAGCAUGACACUUUUUAUUUCUUCGGUGAAAAGUUGCUGCAGGCAAGUGUGGUCAAAGUGCUGGCUGCUAUUUUGAGCCCUGUAUGUUGUAUUAAUGUACGUUGGUUCUUACUGCAAUUCGAACAGUUUCUGUGUGUGCUGUCUGCUCACAUCAUGUGCAGUUUUUUUAUUAAAAUGGAAUGACUCUGGAGCACCAAACUAUAAAACAAUAUUGACUACAACCAUUUUUAUUCAUUUCAGAAAACUGGUCAGUAACUUUGUAAAAAUAGCUACCAUGUUGCAGAAUUAAGGAGCAAUGGCUCUGUGAUAAAAUCUACAGUACUAUUAUUAUGCUACAUGUACAUUAAAAGUUAUAGACUAAUUAGUUGAGGAAACAUUGAUCUUCAUAUUUUGUUGUUUUUUUUUUUGUAUCUGUUGUUUUACUUUUAGGGUAAGGAAGUUAUUUUCUCUCAUAUCACUGCCAUGCAUUCUGAAUUUUUACUGGUUGAAAAAGGAACUGGAAUCUUAUAUCAUUGGUCUUACGAAAGUGACAUGGCAUGUUCUGUUGCCAUGGAGAUUUCCUCCUCCCAGGAACCAACCUACUUGCCAUUAGCAAAGCCACAUCCACUGGGAGAAACACUGGGAUUGGACAGUGAAGAAGUUUGUCUUCUGGCGUCAUCUGCUGUCCGCUGCUCUCUUGUGAUGACAAGUGGAAAAAUUUGCACUUUUUAUGACAAGUUGUUAAGAGGUACAUGUACAGAUCUUUAUUAAGAUCUUUAUUUUCACAUACACUGUAGUUACAUUGUAUGCAUUCAAAAAAAUGAAUGUACAUACUAAAUACAUUUAAAAUGAAUUACAUGUAGUCAACUCGAUUCGUGAUUCUUGAUUCUGUGUGAAUUAAGAAUUAAUAACAAGCUAUCGAGAAUCGAGUCUCGUGAGACAGAAAACGAAAGAAUCACCCAUGACUGAUUUCUUGAUAAUUUUACAUAGACAUACAAUGUACAUGUAAAAGCACUAAGUAAUGACUUCAGCACAAAGUUGACCUUAAACAGCUAUAUCCUCGUGACAUAGCCCCCUUCAUUUAUACUGUUCCAUUACUACUGAUAUAGUGAUUUUGCUACCAAAUAGUUAUGGUGAGUCCUGGGACUCAUCUUGGAAAAAUCAUGAGAAUCAUGAGUCCCUGUGCAGAACCAAUGAGUCCCAGUUAAAAAAAAAAAAAGAGUCCAAAUUGUAAAAUGCUUGGGCUUUUUUGUAACCAGACAGUUAAUCUGAAGACAGACUCCAAACUCUGUUUUUUUAGUGUACUGAAAUUAAAAUAUAGUUGUUUUAGAAACUUCUUGUCCUGUUCUAUGAACAGGAUAUUUCUACAAAAUUAAUACACAUGUUCAGAUCAAUCAAUCAAUAUUGUGUCCUACACGAUGCAUGCCAUGAAUUGUUAUUUUAUGUCUUUGGGGAUUUUUAUGUCUGGGACACAGGACGCAGAGGUAACAAAAUCACUGCUGAUAUUGAUGGAUGGCUAUUACUUGUCUUAUAUGUUUUCUGAUAAUGUUAAAUGUACCUUUCCAGAAUCCAAUUGUGGAGACCCACCAGCCUUGAUACAAGAACUCUCCCAUCCAGCAGUGGUAUUUCCAGAACUUCAGGGAGAAAAGAUUCUCUCAAUCAGUUGCAGCGAAUUUUUCACCAGUGUGAUGACGGAGUCUGGUAAAGUCUUCUGGUGGUAAGUUUGGAACUGCCAGAGAAUGUGGUGGUGCUUAAACCUCAGUUGUGAUGAUAAGAAAGAGUUGUGUUGGCAUGUUGAAGGCACAAGACCAAAUACAAAAUAUUGAAAUGACUUUGAGAUCUCUAGUCAGUGAAUAGUUUUUAACAAAAUCCUCUAAGUUAGGGUUCACUAAAACUUUUUAUUUGUAUACAAAACCUUGCAAUUCUUUUCCGGAUAAAGUUCAUUGGUAAUGUUCAUUUGGGUGUGAAAAGGGACUUUUUUAAUACCAUAGUCAGUUUGUAUUUUGUUGUUUACAUUGUUACCACACUGUGAAAUCAUCAUUGUAAGGUAGACAGCGAACAACGGACUGUUGCACAGUGCACAAAACAAUAUUCAUGAUUGACCUUCUCCUACAUAAAUCAAAUAAGCAAGGCUUCACAAAUAACUUUGGUAUUUCAUACGUGUAUCUUACACAUGUAUUCUUCACUGAAUUCUGCACUUGGAAAAUUUUUAUACCAACGAUACUAAACUCCAUACAGUCCCUACUUCCAUUUGUAUUACAGACAAUUUUGUAACUUUGGAUACUUGCUUCUGUCCCUUUGGUGUCCAUAUAAAGGAGAUCGCUGUACAUAGUUAUAGAGGAUAAAUCAAAUAAAUAACUUACAGCAUCAAACAUAUAUAUUUUGCUACUUCUUAUAGGGGUUUGUUACCUGCAGAAGAACGACAAAACUUCAAACAGAAAUUAAGCAAAGCGACCAGUGAAGCCAGCCACAUUGGCAUCAACGAGAAGGUCCAGCUUCGCCAGCAUUUCCCUGGUUUUCCUGGUGCUUUGGUGUACAGAUGUUGUGAGAUGAGGGGACCCAUAGUGGGGCGUCUCAUAUGUCAUGAGUCCCCUGAAGGAAGUAGUACGACUGUAACAAAAAUCAGGGUUGAGCCUCUGACUGGCAAAAUUGAAAGUGGUGUACAGCCUGUUAGUGACCCGGGGGGCUCAGAUCAUUCAAAUGUAGAAUCAGUAAGCUCCCCAAGAGGAAGAACUGUUGAAGAAGAGUUAAUCUCAAGUGACAAGGAUGUAGUGCGGUCCUCUAGCCCUCAUACCAGUGUUAAAAGGAAAGCCUUAAGCUCUAGCAAGCCAACGAAUGGCUCAGAAACUUGGGAGGUCAAAGAUGUUGUUUUUCUUGAAAGUGAAAACAAACUGCUGGGCACAGUUGCUGCCAUUGAUGGCUCUCAUGUUAUCGUCAAAGUAGCAAACAUAAUACCGCCAUCUGACUCCUCGCUGCGAGUUUUCAAAGUCUCAGAGCUCGAGUCUGUACCUACUGAGGGUGAAAUGUCGGAAGGCACUGCUGGUAAUCAGUCAAUGCCAACAAGCUCACUGUACAGAGGGUGCAUACAGCAUACUCCAAAAUGCAUCGUGAACAGUUCAGGCAAACUACAUGUAGGCAACAAAGAACUACUUUCGGGUCUUAAGCCUUUAGCCAUGGCAACUACUUCAAUGGGAAUUUCUCUUGUCACCAACCGCUUAUCCGACAGCAAGGCAUUUUUCUUGGGUCCAGCCAUGGAACAAGCAAUUGACAGUAGCAAAGUUUUCACUUGCAGUAGUGAUGUUAAUGUUUCAAACAAUAAUGAUGAUGGUUCAUGUACCGUAGAAGCUGAAUCAGUUAAUAGUAAAGAAGGAGCUUUAGCACCAACAUGUCUAAUAUCAUCAGAUACACAGGGAAAGACAGUUACUGGUCAGAAGAGAAGAAGGGAAGAAGAUGAUGUUGACGACAGUGACGAUGAUGAUGAUGACAUGGAGAGUCUUCCAAGUGCUGUAACAGCAGCUAUUGAAGCUGACAGUCCUCUGGCAUGUAAUGUUCAUUUGUCAACUCAUAAAUAUCCUAUGCUACAUUCAACCAGUGGCUGUGAGAUUGUCUUGCUGACUGAUAUCAAUCGCUGCAUUUACCCAAGGCCUUUUGGCACCAAGCUGUUAAACCCCAACAUAGGGGAAAUUCCAUCAAUUCAAAGUUUUGGUCUCGGAACAAGAUUGGGUCAAAUACCAGGAAGCUGUUCUCCACCUGAAAAAGUUCUUAUGGUAUUUAUAGGUUGGUAUACAUCGUAUGUCUAAUGUCAGUUGUGCCUUUCACUCUCUCUCCAAUCUGUGUUUAGAGUGUUUUGUGCUUUGUCAAACACAGUUAUUGUGCAAUUUUUGACACGAAAGUGUUUGCUGACCAGUACAGUGUACCCUCUCAAAUACCAGAAGUGUUAAAGUGAAUUCACCACUUUAACCCUUUAAGCCCCAAUAUCCACAUACAAAUUCUCCAAACUGAUCUCCAUACAUUUCCUUUAAGAAUUAGUUGAGAGAAUUUGGUAAAAGAUAAAAUAUUUUUCUCUUUGUGAUCAUUUUGUUAAUUCUCAUAGACUUUGCUCAUGAUAGACUGUGGAUAUCGUAAGGAGAAAAUUGAUUUUGAGCACUAUUGGGACUCAAAGGGUUAAAAGUAGAAAAGGAAACUUGGCAAAGUUAACUUUCACAAAGAAUUCUGGUAGUGUUAAUAGGGAGAGGGAAAAAUCAGCCAAUAGCUGACCACUGCGUCCCCAGUAACAAUCCCAGAAAGAAUUGCGAGACAUGUUUCAGCAUCAGUUCCUUUCUUGUUUCUAAAGUGGUGAAUUUGCUGACCUUGUUAUCUCUUUUUUGUUCACCAGCAUUUCAAGAGCAAAGGUUGUUGCAAGCUGUGCAAUCUGGGAUUGUGCAAAGGAUCAAGCAAGCAUUACAGUGGUUAAAGCAACUCAACUCCAGCAAAGAUAUGGGAAAGGGUAGCAAAGGUAGACCAAAGGGUACCAAAAAAAUGGCUAUCACUGGAAGUCAUGGGCAAAUUCAGCAAGAAACAAGACCUUCGGGGGAUGCAGCUGUAAUCAGCAAAAGGGUUUUACAGAUCCUUCAUCAACGUUCUUCCUCUAACCAGAAUGUUGUGCAUAUUUGCUGUAGCAAUCCAUCAUAUGCUGAGGAUCAACAAGCAGAUGUUAUGAACCUAUUACAAGGUAGUAGUAAACUCCCGUAAAUGCUAGGAUUAGUACCUGCAGCUGUAGCAUACUUAUUUAAUUUCUUCAGAUGAGCUCUAGAGGGUUACUAACAUGUAUAAGUCUUUGUUAUUCAUUGCAGUGUUCUCCCUAAGUUUUAAAUCAGUAGGUAAGGAAGCAUUCAUGGCCGGUGAGGCAAAAAAUAUGCUCCAGAGCUGCACUUUCUUGGAGGGGGGGUGAGUAGGAGAGUGAGAGACAUGGCCUCACCCUGGUGGCCCCACCCUAAGAGGAGCUAAGUUCUUUGAAACAUCAUUCCCUCAUUUUAAGACCUAUUUUAUGCAAAUCAGCCGUUGUUAACUUUAAACAACAAUUUAAAAUGUUUAGGCCCAAUAACUUUACUCUGUCUUCAAUUUUCUCUUUCCAAAAUGCGUGGCCUAUUAUAAGAAAAGCUGGUACAUGUAUACUUUAGUACUAUUCAUUCAUUUCCUUGAUUGGAUCGGAUCACAACUUGCUUAUUUCUUUAAAACUACUUAUUUAAUUUUAGUAAACCUUCAAGCACCAGUUACAGGCAGUAAGAAGUGUUGCUUCAGGUGGUAUAUUUCACCUGUUACCGCCUGAUAAGGAGAGCACUGUCAGUGAACACAAAUUGAAACAUAAAUAGAGCAUAUUACAUGGUAUUGCAGAGAUAUGAAGUUUCUUUUCCUGUGUAAGAACAAUAUUUCACAAUUGAGUACAGGAAAUGAGUGGAAUAUUUCUCAACACAAGAAGAGAAAAUUUAUUUCUUUAAGUGGCCACAUAAUGUUCUAUUUAUUGUAUUAACACCAAUGAAAUACCAAACCAUUUUCACUGUGAUAUCUUUUGCUAUGAGAGGUGUGAUUCAUUAUGUAACCAUAGCAACAUUGAUCUCACCUACAACUGGGAGCCAUGCAAAGCAAAGCUGACCAUGCUGAAGAUAUCAUGUUUUUGUGUAAUAUUUUUGCUUGCAUGGUACAGUAUUUCACAAGUGUUAAUGUAAUAUAAUAGCAGAUAUCAAGAAGAGGGAAAACAAAAUUCUAUUUCAGAUGGUGGUGGAUCUGCAGACCUUGAUUCUGAUGGUGCAAAGGACAUCCUGAUUGAUGUGGCAGGAUUACACCUUCUUCUUAAUGAUUCCAUUUUUGCUAAAGAGCUUGUUCCAAUGGUGAGUAAACUCAUAAGCUGCUUUUUUAUGGUCAUGGGUUUACUAAGUCUUAAUCGUUAAUUAACACAAGUUAAGUUAAUGCAAGUGCUCUUCAGGAUUAUCUGUUAGUCUCGUGGAUAUGGCGCAAAUCUUCUGGUCUUCUAUUGAAGACUAUUUCAAACUCUUCUCUUGUUAGUCUGAAACCAGUCUGGAACCAAGCUCUCAUCAUUUCACAAUCCCAAAUUGUUUUUGAUAAUUAUAAAAGUCCAUAUUUCAGUUUCUAGUGGCUAUUUUGAGUCUUUGAUUGUGGACACGGAUCAUUUUCCAUGUUACCACAGUCACCGAAGCAAAUUUGGCUCAUCAUGCAAUAAAAUAAAAAUUAAUAAUGAACAACGUGGGAUAAACCAGUACAACAACUGCAUAUCUGACUAGUAAAAUUAAUGGUAAAACAUGCAACAUUAUUUCAUAAUUUUUUUAUUUUCUUCUUGCAUUGCAGCACUGUUCAUUAAAAAAAUUUUGUUACCCAUACAUGUAUUUCUGAGCCCUAGACACUCAGUGCCCCAAUAUUUUAUUGAUCUGUCUCCUGUAAACUGCAUGCUUGAUUUGGAUAGUUAAAGAAUGUCUGAAUUUUCAUAACCAGCACAGGCAAUCAAUCUACACAUACUCUCAGACCCUUAUAAACCCAGUUUUUUUUACUAUAGCUUAAAGAUCGUGAUGCUCGUGGCUACACUCCAUUCAUGACAGCUAUACAGAACCAUAACUUGAAAGCUGCUUUGUACAUUCUGGAUUUCAUUGAGAACAAUAGAGGUAUUUAACUAAAAAUUAUUUUUUUUCUCCUCAUCUCUUGCAUUUGUUCAAUUGUUAUAUUAUUCACAUCUCAUUUGAUAAUGGAGUCAUGAGGACCCCAAAACAUUGUGUUAUAAAUCUUUCAUUUUUCUUUGUAUUAUUUUAUUUACACAUAAUUAUGUAAGGACCGCUAUUCAGACCAAAAUGUUCCUUGUUUGCUGCCAAAUUUAAGUUGCAUAAAUUUUACACUCAACAGUCCCAAGACAUUAAUUUUAUACUAAGAGCAGAAGCCCUCUUGAGGUUUCCGUGGCAGAUACUACAAAAUUAACCGUUAUUAUCAGUUGCACAAAAUGCAGUUUGAUGGGUCAACAUGUUGUACCUUAUACCCCCUUCUUAAUACAUUCAAACAUCCCGCUAGUGACCAGCCAAAAGUGUAGGUUUUAUAGUAGUUGCUUUUGGGAGGUGGUCACUGACAAGAAUCAAACCACAAGGUGGGCAGGGGGUCUUUUCUAACAGUGGUUUUGACACCUUUUUCAUUGUAGAGAAUUAUUUUAUUGCCAUGCAAUUUUAAAGAUAUGAUAUGUGUAGUUCCUUGUUGUCACUAAAAAUUCUUCAUAUACUCCAAGUAGCAUAGGACAUAGAACAAACAUAAGGAUUUGAUUACGCAUCAAGUGGGCAUGCACAUGACAAGAGGGUUAAAACUGUGGAGAAUUCUACAUCUGUUAUCCUCCAAAAGUUUUUAACUGUAGGGCUUUUACCAGAAAAAUUUUGGUAUUUUAAAAAGGGAGUGCCUACAUGAGAUGGUUGCACACGGAAUGGACUAUACAAAACCAGGGUUCGCAAAUACGCCAAAUUUGGCGUAUUUUAUGCCAAAAUUGUUCAGAUGACUCCACUGAGGUUACGGAGGGAGUCACUUCGACUCCAGAAAUUUUCGGUAACAAACAGGGAGGCACUUCGACUCCGGAAAUUUUCGGUAACAAACACAGUUUUGAUCUUACCUUUUUCGCAACAAAUACAAUUUAUGUUAAUUAUAAAUGUUGUAAACCUUAAUUAAAUCAUCGAAAGUAAAGUAAAACAGGAAUAGGGGAGUGAGAGACAUGGCCCCACCCUAGGAGGAGCUAAGUUGUUUGAAACAUCAUUCCCUCAUUUUAAGACCUCUUUUACGCAAAUCGGCUGUUGUUAUUUUUAGACAACAAUUCAAAACGUUUAUUCCCAAUAAUUUUACUCUGUCUUCAAUUUUCUCUUUCCAAAAUGCGUGGCCUAUUAUAAGAAAAGCUGGGUACAUGUAUACUUUAGUACUUUUUUCAUGUUAUAUUCAUCCAUUUCCUUGAUUGGAUCGGAUCACAACUUGCUUAUUUCUUUAAAACUACUCAUUUAAUUUUAGUAAACCUUCAAGCGCCAGUUACAGGCAGUAAGAAGUGUUGCUUCAGGUGGUAUAUUUCACCUGUUACCGUCUGAUAAGGAGAACACUGUCAGUGAACACAAAUUGAAACAUAAAAAGAUCAUAUUACAUGGCAUUGCAGAGAUAUGAAGUUUCUUGUCCUGUGUAAGAACAAUAUUUCAAAGGCGAGUACAGCAAUUGAGUGGAAUAUUUCUCAACACAAGAAGAGAAAAUUUGUAUCUUUAAGUGGUCAUGUAAUGUUCUAUUUAUUGUAUUAACACCACUGACGUACCAAACCAUUUUCACUGUGAUAUCUUUUGCCUUGAGAGGCAUGAUUCAUUAUGUAACCGUAGCAACAUUGAUCUCACCCACAACUGGCAGCCAUGCCAAGCCAAGCUGACCAUGCUGAAGAUAUCAUGUUUUUGCGCAAUAGCUAGCAUGGUACAGUAGUUCACGAGUGUUUAUGUAAUAAAAUAGCAGAUAUCAAGAACAGGAAAAACAAAAUUAUAUUUCAGAUGGUGGUGGAUCUUCAGACCUUGAUUCUGAUGGUGCAAAGGAUAUCCCGAUUGAUGUGGCAGGAUUACACCUUCUUCUUAAUGAUUCCAUUUUUGCUAAAGAGCUUGUUCCAAUGGUGAGUAAAGUCAUAAGCUGCUUUUUUAUGGUCAUGAGGUUACUCCCUUAAUAGUUAAUUAACACAUGUCAAGUGCUCUUCUUUUGUCUCCUGGAUAUGGUGCAAAUCUUCAAGUCUUCCAGUCAAGACCAUUGCAAGCUCUUCUAUUAUUAGUCAGAAACCAGUCUGGAACCAAGCCCACAUCUUUUUACAAUCCCAAAGUGUUUUGAUAAUUAUAAAAGUCCAUAUUUCAGUUUCUAGUGGCUAUUUUGAGUCUUUGUUCAUUGACAUGGAUCAUUUUCCAUGUUACCACAGUCACUGAAGCAAAUUUGGCUCAUCAUGCAAAUUUAUAAAUGAAAAUUAACAAUGUAGAAUGUGGGAUGAACCAGUACAACAACUGCAUAUCUGACUAGUAAAAUUAAUGUUAAAACAUGCAACAUUAUUUCAUUGUUUUUUUUUAUUAUUAUUAUUUUCUUCUUGCACUGCAGCACUGUUCAUCAAAAAAUGUUGCCCAUAUUUCCGAGCCUGAGAAACUCAAUGCCCCAAUAUUUUAUUGAUCUGUCUCCUGUAAACUGCAUGCUUGAUUUGGGUAUUUAAAGAAAGUUUAAAUUUUUAUACCUAGUGCAGGCAAUCAAUCUACAUGUACUUUCCAACCCUUAUAAGCCCAGUUUGUUUUGUUAUAGCUUAAAGAUCGUGAUGCUCGUGGCUACACUCCAUUCAUGACAGCUAUACAAAACCAUAACUUGAAAGCUGCUUUAUACAUUCUGGAUUUUGUUGAGAACAAUAAAGGUAUUAAUUUUAACUAAACAUUUUUUUUUUCUCCUCAUCUCUUGCAUUUGUUUGAUUGUUAUAUUAUUUGCAUCUAAUUUGAUAAUGUAGUCAUGAGGACCCCGAAAUGUUGUGUUAUAAAUCUUUCAUUUUUCUUCGUAUUAUUUUAUUUACACAUAAUUGUGUAAGGACCACUAUUCAGAUCACAAUAUUACUUUUUUGCUGCCAAAUGUAAGUUGCAUAAAUUUUACAUUCAACAAAAGUCCCAAAAUGUUUAUUAUAGUAAGAGCAGAAGCCCCUUGUGGUUUCUACAGCACAUAGUACAAAAUGCACUGGUAUUAUCAUUAGCAGAAAAUGCAGUUUGAUGGGUCAACACCUUGUACCUUAUACCACCUUCUUAAUACAUUCAAAUAUCCCACUAGUGACCAGCCAAAAGUGUGUAGGUUUUAUAGUGGUUACUUUUGGGAGGAGGUCACUUACAAAAAUCAAACCUCAAGGCGGGCAGGGGGUCUUUUGCGAGAUUUGUUUGGACACCUUUUUCAUUGUAGAGAAUUAUUUUAUUGCAUGCAAUUUGAAAUACUGAUAUGAUAUCUGUAGUUCCUUGUUGUCACAAAAAAUUUUUCAUAACAUAAUCCAAGUAGCAUAGUACAUAGAACAACCAUAAGGAUCAGACUACGCAUCAAUUGGUGACAUACAGACAAGAGGGUUAAAACUGAGGAGAAUUCCACAUCUUUUAUCCCCUAAGAGUUUUUAACUGUAGGGCUUUGACCAGAAAAAUUUUGGUAUUUUAAAAAGUGAGUGCCUACAUGAGAUGGUUGCACAUGGAAUGGACUAUACAAAACAAAACUAUCUUAUUAUGAAUUGUAUUUCUCUGCCCCAAGGGGUAGGGGUAGUCCUCAAAAUUACCAUACCCACCUUAAAUUUACCCAAGUAUGUAGGUGCUACAGUUGUAGUAACAUGCUGUGGGAACAAUCUGAAGGACUGAGUGUCCCUUCCAGGGAAGAAGUAUACAUGUUGUAGAAACGCCCAUAACUGCCUCAUUCUGGAUAACCUACUGUACCGAUUAACCUUACCAAGGCUUUUCCUUUGCCUUUUACAGGAAACACUAACCCCAAAUUACAGUGUUCAGUAGAGGAAAUGAUUUAUCCUGAAGCAUUUAGUGGUAUAACACCCCUUCAUGCGCUUGCUAUUGCCUGCACAGAGAAUCUACCCCCCAGCGGACUGGGGAACAGUCUCACUGUCACUAACCUUCCAUCAAGCUACACUCCAAGGAUUCUACUGAAGCUGUUUCAAGCANACACUUUUCCUUUGCCUUUUACAGGAAACACUAACCCCAAAUUACAGUGUUCAGUAGAGGAAAUGAUUUAUCCUGAAGCAUUUAGUGGUGUAACACCCCUUCAUGCGCUUGCUAUUGCCUGCACAGAGAAUCUACCCCCCAGCGGACUGGGGAACAGUCUCACUGUCACUAACCUUCCAUCAAGCUACACUCCAAGGAUUCUACUGAAGCUGUUUCAAGCACGAUACCCGUCAGCCUACAGGGCCACAAUACCACCCGUUACAAUGGAAGGGAGAAAGGUAUAGUCACUUUCCAAGGUAGAAAUUUGAAAACAGUUUGAGGCCAGUACUUUUAAGCUCAUGCAGCUGCAAAUGCUGAAGGAAAUGAUGUUCACACGUCCAUCAGAACACAAGGAAGAUCAAGAUAUUCAGGCACAGUCCAAGUCUCUUCCCACCGAACCAUGACGGCAUGGAACCUUGCAUUAAUUUUUUGUAUUUGCCUUUGUGAUGUCCUUGUUCAUGUGUUCAGGAGUGCAAAUGUAAGAGCAAGAAAAUUUUUCCAUUUCUUGUGUUGCUGCAUGCACUUGCCUUUGCAUUUGCAUCACACGUGGAUCAGACCUAAGUUUCAUAAGUCUGUCAAAUACGAUUGCCUCUAAUGCCUUGACUGAAGUUUAUAAAGUAAGAGAGUAAUGUGGAAUUGAUCUGAGUGUGGCAGAGUGAAGCAAAGAAGAGAAGCAUAAAGUACACUUCAGGGCCCAGUUGUUCAAAGGCCAAUUAGCGCUAACCCAGGGCAAAAUUUUAAUCCGGGUUUCUUUUUCUUUUGUUCAAAAGCAUUUUCUUUUUAGAGCAUCCAAUCAUAAAAGUGUCAACAAAAAGGUUUGAAGUGAAUUUGCUUUCUAAGCUUUCCUAUUUGAAUUACAAUUUUGCACUAACCCUAGGUUAUCUUAACCCAGCUUUGAACAACCUGACCCAGGAGAUUAUGUUUGACUCAUGUCAACCAAUAAAGAAUUCACAAACUAUGAAGUGGAAGAGAAAAAUGCCUGAAGACUAUUUCCCUUUAGUUAAUCUGUCUCUUGUUAGCAGGAUGGAGUUGUUUGAUAUAUCAUUUAUUGAAAUUAAACAAAGUUAGUUACCAUGGCAACUUGCAUGCUCUGUUCACAAUUUACCCUGGAUGAGCGCUAGCUGGGUUUAGAGAAAUUUGGCCCAGAAAUUCAACCUUCCACUUCAGUGAAAUAAAAUCAUUUAUUCUUUAUGAUAAUAAUAAAAACUAAAUUCCUUUGUUGUGGUGUGUUUUACUGUUUUCAGUGCUAUCGUACCAAAACUCCAAAGCAACGGUUCUUAGAAAAACACCACAAAGUGAAGGUGAAGAAGGUGCACAAAAAAACUGUUGAAGGCAAAAGGGGAUCACUGUUGACACCAGCUACUUCAAGUAUAAAUUACAAUCCUUGGUCAAGACGUUAUGUUGGAGAAGGUGGAAGAAUACCUAUCGUUGGCAAUCGACGAGAGUCGCUAGUUGGUAAGAUUUAUAUCAGUAUAAGAUUCUAGGAAACUUCUUACUCACUCCCCUCUCAAACCAACCUUAACACUAACUUAUCAUUAAGGGCAAUAUGUUGGUUUAGGGGAGGGGUAGGUGGGUUUUUUUCUAGAAUCUUAUACCGAUCCCAAAAGCUGCUAUAGAAAAUAUUGUUAGUUCAAGGGUUUUUAGUAGACUUAGAAUUGUGCCUUAUUUUCCUCUGGGAUGGUAGAGAAAGAUAAAAUAAAAUCCUCAAAUAUGCGAGCGUGAGCGGAAGUUGCCACAUGCAAAAAGAGAAGACACGAAGAGAAGAGAGAGAACUCUCAUGAGUUUUACACACACCCAUGCAUUCCUCUUGCACUGCUAUCUUUAAGGAAAACAAAUGGCUAUUCAUAAGUAGGCUGGGCUAUUCAUAGCAUAGUUCUGGGAUUCAAGGCACUGUUUUGAACGUGCAGGACAUGAUUCCAGACCUCACACUGUCUCUACUGUCAAAGAGAAGUAUUGCGGCAUAAUAACUUUGUAUUUCAUGUAGAUGACAUCUACAUACUGGCUUAGACAUGUAAUAUUAUUCUGGAAUGAGAAUGGGUACAACAUAUUCAACUCUCUGUAAGGAAGGGAAAAAUCACUUCUAUGAGAGGUAUGCAGGCGCAGAUCAAGAAUAAAUACUGACCGAUACUAAACGAGUGCUGAAGGUGCAAGCUUCUAGGGGGCUGUGGGGGGCAUGCUCCCCCUUGAAAUGGCCAUUUCGAGGGGGAGGCCAGUGGGGGUUCACCAUUAGCAAAGAAUGAUAUAUGGGGCCAGGCCAAUGGCAAGUUCUAUUCUCCCCAGAUGAUAGUCUUGCAGAUCGACGGAUUAUUUCAUCUGGCGACUUCAACUUGGAUAGUUUAUUUUUAUUAAUAUUAUUAAAAAUACGUUUAUUUUGACAAAUCUGUCCGAUCUCCGUAAAACGGUGCAAACUUGUGUGGAUCCACACCUGGGUAUUCAUUUUCGAGAGAUUUCUGUAAAACGGAAUUUAUACGGCAAUGUUCGCCAAUAUAUUUGUUUUCUCAUAGACAUUUUGAAGAUUACACAGUAACUUGUUAUAGUUUGUACCUUGUUACAUUGAUAUGUUUCAUACACGGCUAUCAAUUAAAGUUGUGGAGUGGAAAUUCUCAAGAGGACCAUUAUAAAUUACAAGCAGUUUCAUUUAAAUGGUCCACAAACUCAAGAAUUUAAUUUGUUUUCCCUUUUGAAUGGUGCUUAGGCAUGGUGACAUUUGCUGAUCCAAAAGAACUGAGACAAGCUCUUGUGGAGAUGGAUCACCAUAUGGUGUCAAGUGAGAUGACUGCUCCUGAAGGAGGGCUUGCCAGCUUAGUACAGCAUGUACUGCGUGUAAAACUUACUGAGGUGUGUCAUACAUUCAUGCAAAAUCAUCGAUAUUUCAUUUACCCAACCCACCCAUGCCUUUUGGGGCCCGAUUUAGGUUGCUUGGAAACUGCACACCUACCCCUCCCCUAAGCCAACAUUUUCUCUUAACUGAGAAGUAAGUGUUAAUGUUGGAUUAGAGGAGGGGAAGGUGUUUGUUUAAGCACUCUUACAAAAGUUCAGAAUUGGCCAGUCGGACCAGCCGUCUUGAAAAUGUAAUGGGCUUUCCUCUAAAACAAGAGCUUUGCGUUGUGUUUAGAAAUAGACUGAUCUAGAUGGAAAAGUCUGAUUAAUAGUGGAUUUUUCUUUAGUUGACUUGUGAAUGGGCUGGUUUGGUUCGUCAGUUCUGACUAAGUAACACUGGGCCGGAUGAUAGCCUUUAGUAGAGGUUCCACCGUAUUUGUUCCGAGUCCUUGACCAAGAGACAAAUACAUUGUGUCAGUAAACCAAUUAUUUGAUUUUCGUGUGGCCUCUAAGUAGUUGUGUGAACACAACACAAUUAACAAACAAAAAAGUAGGGGUUUUUUGUUUGCAGAUGUGGGCGAAUUCACGAAACGCGUAAGGGACCUUGCGAGACCAAAAGCAUCUAUUAUGUUUGUCAUCUCUGUCUUUCCUGGGUUCAGUGUGAUAUGUCAAUCAAACGAGGCUCGUUCAAUUAUUAGACAGCCUGAUUUCUUUCAAAUCGUAACAUUUGCUUUUCAGUUGGAGAAAGAAGAGACGGAAAAGCUUGACAUGGAGGUGGGUGUCCGAGGAAAUGUCUACAAUGUAUCCAAUGUUGAAGGAAAGGCCAAGAUAACUCCUAAAGCUCAAACUGCUGACGCUGUUCAAGACAAAAUGGCAGUGAGUUAGAUGGUUUCUAAGUAAACUAGAUCUAAUAAAGGAGCUGUGUCACAAAAUUUGCCAAAAUUCAAGCAGUGGGAAACUGCCCACCUACCCCUCCCUUAAGCCAACAUUUUGCCGUAAGUGAGAAGUAAGUGUUAAUGUUGGCUUAUGGGGAGGAAGGUGGGCAGUUACCCAACAAACUAAGAGAAACGUCAAAAUUAUUGCUCAGAACAUUCAAAGAAGGUAUGAAUAACGCAGCAAAUACAAAAGGAGGAACAGCUGGACAAAUCUGAAGAAGAUUGAAACGGAUUGCAAUAUUGUGGUUUUCGAAAACUUGUCGGCCUAACAGUUUUUCAAAGUUCAUUUUAAUUGUUUGGAAAGUUUGAUAUAAUGCUUGGGAGACAUAUUUGUUUGACACGGAAAUCAGAUAUUGUCAUUAGUAAGUAAAUUAUUUCUCAAGUUCCACUGAGAGUAAGGACGCAUAAUUGGCAUUAUUAACAAAUUGUACUCGACAGCUGUGACACAGUCUUUAAGUUAGAUUCCUCCACUAGCGUGUGUUGGAAUACUGUAAAUGCUUACAUAAAGCAACGUAAAAUUUAGUCCGGCAUUUUGAUUAUUUGGUUUUACAACACAGUAAUACAAUACUUGUAAAGUGGAGCCUGUACACAUUCUUUACGCUUUUAACAGAACUAGAAUCCAGUUCCUUAAUGUUUAACUUUUGUGAUUUUGUCGCAAUUAUUUCUCCAAGAUUCAGUUUUACACCGAAGAUGGUGCUAAUUCAAAAUAAUUUGUUUUUCUUUUGUUAGGCUGAAGACGAUAAGCUAAUAUGCCAGCUAUUUUCUCGCCUGUUGUCAUAUCCAGAAGUAAGUGUUUGAGAUUAGUAAAAUUGCAAUCUAUAGUGCAAGUCGCUCACUCGCUCAGUGUUUUUGAAAUUUGGACACGACUUUCAACUUUCCGGUGUGAUAUAAGGAAACGGGGCCAACUUUUUUUUUUUUUUUUUUUGAAAGACUUCUGGGGUUGUUACUGGGGGCGAGGAAAAAAAUUGGCCAAAACCUGUCCCGUGCAUCCCUAGUAACCAUCCCAGAAGCCCUUGCAAAAGCUCACUCAACCCCAUUUUUGGUUUCUCAAUGGGAUUAUAAUCAGAAUAGUUUUGUUUGAUAUUGUAUAAUUGUAUUUUUUUUUUGUGUUCGCACACUAGCGAAAUUUUUUUGAAAUUUUGGCUAGUUUUUUUUUCUUUCGGGUGUAAAAAAAGAAAAGGGGGCAAUUUUUUUUUUUUUUUUUUUUUGCAAAGACUUCUGGGAUUGUUACUGGGGACAAGGAAAAAAAUUGGCCAAUAGCUGACCGGUGCAUCCCUAGUAACCAUCCCAGAAGUCCUUGCAAAAGCUAACUCAGCCCACUUCUGGUUUCUUAAGUAGCAAAUAUUGGGUGGCUGUUAGUGACUGGGUCUCGUACCCGUUUUCAGAUUGCGACGGCCAGGAACAAGGAAGGCGAGACUUCUCUGGCGUUCCUGGUAAAUAAUUCACGCUGGAUCAAGCUUUCUGCCAACCAAAGACUGCUGCUGACCAAGUAUGGGAAUCUUUUGUUUGGACAAGAAGCAACAUCCCCUGGGGGAAGCAGACGAGAGGUAUCAACGCCGUCCGAAACUUCAGACACUGGGAAGGAAGAGGAUCAGAUCAUGGCAGAAAUAAAUAUAACGGGAAUAGCUGAUCCUGCCAUGUUGGAAAGUAACCUGCUUGCGCAGCUUGAUGACAUCUCAAGUAGCUUCCGCAGUAUUGUGGAUACAUUGACUGCUCUGGAAAGAAGGUGCUCAACCGGAGAAGGACAGCAGCAAACAGCAUCAGGAGCUGCUGAAGACAAGGCAAGAUCAGCUGUGAAUGGAUCUUCAGCGGAUGGAGUUUCAACGGAUGAAGCUUCAGCAUCAGGUGCUGAAAAUCAAUCAGCAGAGCCUAAUCUGAUGUCAUUUCCCACUACUAGCACGAUUGUUACUGAUGACCUGUCUUGCGAGAGCCAGCCUGUUUUGAUACAGCUCACACAAUGCUGGCCUUUAGUUGCAUCGACCGUACUUGGGUACUAUCCAAAGGAUCCUUCAGAUGUUAACAUGGUGGAGGUACCAAGGGACUCCAGUGGAGAUGAUCAGAAAUCAUCAUCCCGUGCUGGCCCUAUGGAAUCAUGUGCGCUUGACUCGUUUGUGUUUGAACUGCUGUCACAUGCUGACGAAGCUGUCCUGAUCAGCUUUGUGGAGACCAUCGUUAAUGAGAUGAACAAGUACUCGGAGUGUAUCACUCUCGAAGCUGUUCAGGGUGUAGGUGAGCUGAACAGUGCCUCAAGUCCAAGAGAGGUGGCUAUGACUGUGGGAGUCAAGUUUCUGAGAUCUGUAAUCCGACAGUUGGCCGUACAUCUUAGCAGGUCUGGUUUGUCUUAUGUUGAUCUUCGAACUAGGCUUGGAUCAAACUCCUCGUCAAGUAGCGGCAGAAACAGUCAAAGUGAUAACCUAGAGUUCAAGAGGAAAGUCAGGUACGUUCAAGGGUAUAAAAUGUCUUAAAGAAAUUUUUCCAUUCCCAAAACUAUUCAAGAACUUUAUUGUAACAUUCCGUUUGAAGGAGAAUAAACCACAGAAGAGAAAUAUUCUUCCACGUAUAUACAUUAGUUCGGUUUAUAUACUGUAGAUCAUCUCCGUUCUCGGGUUAAGCCAGCCAAAGACGAGCAAAUUUCAGCACCAGGCCUCGUUUUGAAGUUGUUAGUGAAGUUUUGCAUGAUUGAAUUCCUAAGGCAGUACAGUUGAAAAGAAUGUUCUACAUAAAGAGUGCAAAAUAAAUGCGAAGAAUUUUGCUUACAAACGUGGCUUGGUGGCGAAAUUUGUUCGUAAUAGUACAUAAGGGCUAUUUCCAUUGUCUGCUGUGAAUAAUUAAGAGACUAAGCCCCACCAACACCCACCACCCACCACCCCCCCCCCCCGCCUAGCUCCCUUCUUUUUUUUUUCCCUCUUUUUUUUUUUUUUUUUUCCCCAAAUAAAUUUGCUUUUCUUUCAAAAAUAUCUUUUCCUCCUUUUUCUUGCUUGCUCCCCCCGCGCCGGGAGGAGCAGCCAAAGCCCCCGUUUCUCCCGUUAAGGGAGGUGGGGGGUAACCUUUUUUUUCCUUUGGGUGAGUUGUAGCCAUUUCUCUUCUGUUCUGUCCCCCCCCCCUUCCUCCUUUUUUGCCGUUUUAUUAUUUUGGCUUUUGCCCCCUCUGGCGUCGUCCUCCCUCUCCCCUUCCUCCCGCUUUUCCCCCUUUUUUUUUUUUUUCCUCUUUUUUUUUUUUUUUUUUCACCAAAAUAAUUUGGCUAUCAUUGCAGAAUGAUCUUGCGCUCAUUUUCCUGGCUGGCUGCUCACGAGCUGGUAGAAGCAGCAGAAGCCUCUGUUCUUCCAGUAAGAGAGGGUGUGGCUAAACCCCAACCCCGCUCCACUGGUUCCUCCAUCAGCAACAGCAUCCCACAUCAAAAUGGAGGAAUAUAUCCAGCAAGAUUCCAGUGUAGACCAGGUAGGUCAUAAAGUGAUCUUGGCUACCAACCAGGAGCCUGGCGCCCAUAUUCGCACAUACGCCCUGGCAUACAGCUGAAAUCUGGAAAAAUAUACAUUUUCUAUUUCAUGAAAGCAUUUUUGUCAUUAAGUCGGGAUGUUUGAUAAAUCUUUCGCAUUGUAUUGUAUUUCUGAGCCCCUAAAUCUGAAACAUUUUUGGGGGUGCAUGCCCCUAGACCCCACUAAUUUGGAGUGCCUUCGGCGGUCUGACCUUUCUUCCCGUGUGUACAUGUACACCUUCAAAAUCUUACUCUACGCGCCCCCAAACUGUGUUGUCAAUUUUCCGGGUUUUAACUUGAGCUUUUCCCUAGCUUAUAUGUCAGGCCCUCAUAUAGUAGGGAGGUCGUGAAAACAGGUCAAGCCAAAUCCACGAUUUUUUUGCACAUUACUUUCUUGGAGCCUGGAUUAGACUAACAUUUCCCAUAAUACACCUUGUUUCAUCAUCAUGAAGUCUCUUCGCGCCAGUAGGCGCUUAAGGCCUCCUAAAAAUGCCCCCUAGAAUUUUGUACUAGUGAUGCUGUAGAGGCACUGAGCAGUCGUCUUAUUUUACACUCAGGGAUUCGAGUCAGUGGACCUCAUGAUUCAUCUGGCAGAGGGCAUGAUCCACUGCUCAGGACUGCUCAAAGGUAACAAUUAUCAGAUAUGGAUGAGAUUUAUGUGGCAAACUGGCCUACCUACCCUCCCCUUAACCAACGUGAACAUUACCUUUUCACCAUAGACAAAAUGUUGGGUUAGGAGAGGGGUAGGUGGGAAGUUUCUGAGACUCUUUUGCAGUGAAAGCUCCUGUCAGUGACCACUCCGGGAAUUCAUUAAAGUGGUUGCAGCUAGAGCUAGUUCAGUUUGUAAGAGAGAUCUUGAGAUAAAACUCUUGAGGGUGGACGCUCAAAAAAAAUAAAUUGUCGUAGAAGGAAAUCGUGUUAUCUCAAUCCUAAAUCUUUUUUACGUAGCCCAUCAUGGUUAUCACAAGCUUUGCCUCUUUAAUCCCUUCACGCUGUCUUUUUUCUCUUUCUCUCUCUGGAUAAGAAUUCAACCGAGCAGGCCAUCACAGAACGUCACAUCUUGUCGAGGAAUCAGACUGGCGAACAUCACAGAUGGACCAUCCGUGGUUCCUAAUAAGAAACCCUCUCCGAGUCCCUUUAGAGUGUCACCGUUUGGACUCUCAAGGAGCGUCACCAAAAGGAGCUCUUUACUGGACAGUGACAGUGACUCUGACGAGGAACAUGAUAUUUUGGGGCCCUUGGAUGGUGAUACUGAUAGCAAUAUGGACCUAGACGAGCCAGAACCCAGCUCUGUUUCUAUGGCAACAGGAAUUACCCAUGACCACCCUUAUGCCUGGGCUUUGGAUGGAAGGGUAACAGGUUCAAAUGAGGGGAAUGGUAUGCCGGGGCAUAUUCAUGUAAGUACUGAACUACAUGUGGGCUAUCUGUGAACUUAUAACAAAUUAUGCACUGAAGCACACGUACCAACUCCGCAGUAGCUGCGAACUUACAAGUGAAACAUACUUUCAUGUUGCUCUUGUUGCUCUGGCAGAGCAGCUGUUAGUUUUUAAAAGCUCAUCAAUCUUACUCGGACACCCCCCCCCCUGAAAAAAGGCCACCCCCAUCUCCUCGGAAACUCCCCACCCCCUUCCCCUGGAAUUUCCGUUGCCCUCCGUGGCGGUGGUGUAGAUAAUUCUGGAACUACACAUUAUACGUGCGCACUUGAGUGGAAUGUGGGAAAGGUCUAGUGUCGGAAGAGAGAAUACAGUUAUUUUUUUCUUUUUCCUGUAAUUAAGUACCCUGUCAAAUAGUUCUAUUGCUGAUCACAGAUCCCACAGUUGGCCUCAAGCGUGAUAUCUCCACCCAGCAUCCACACUGGAAACUGCUACCUGACUCGUAUGUUCGCACGGUUAGUGAAGGAAACCCUGGAUCUUAUGUCCACUCUCUCUGAAGAUUCCGGCCCCUCCCAACAGGGGACAGGCAGUGAAACCGUCCUACCCGCCUUGUCAGUUGACCAGCAGGAGUGCAAAUUGAUUCAGGACUCUAUGAUGUCCACCCUGGAGAAAUCGUGGGCGUGGCUUGCUGGGGUGUUGGAUGUGGUUGAGGGGCAGUUACGAAUGGGAAAGCAAUUUGAUACUAAGGUUUGUCAUUGUUAGUGUAUUGUGUUCUUUGCUCUGUCAUAACCAUAGCCAAAGCCUUUCAACUCUGAAGAGGUCGACCAGAAUACGAAAAAUUAAGAAAAUCUCAAUUUUUACUCUGGAAAAUACUGCAAAAUACCUUCGGUUUUGGUUCACAAAUUCAAAAGCUAGAAUUACAGUACACGCCUUCAUAAAUGUCCGUGACGUCAUUCUUCCCAAUUUUUAAAUCAAUUGACCAUUGACGUCAUGCAGUUAAUGCAUUUUCUAUUAUUGGACCGCUCAUGUAUAUCUUCCAAAUUUGUUCACCGUGUUAAAGGAUAAUUAACCCAGAGAUUUAAGCCAAUCAGAAAUGGAGAAGUUCUUUGAAUAAAUAUUAACAAACUAUGUACUUUAUCUUUGCAGAGAUAUCUUACCUCACUUCAGCGCCCUGAAGACACGGAAUUGGCCAUGUUGACAAGGACUGUGUCAACUAUCCCCGGGGCCUCCCCUGAGGAGUACCUUAUGUUCCUUCUAAGAGCGCAUAACAAUGAACACAAAGAUUCUCUUCCUGUUGUUGAUAUGCUGUGGUAAGUUCUUAGCUGUGAGCCUACGUGGCCGGCGUCGAAAGAGGAGGGGAGAGGAGGGAAAGGGAGUUUCUCCUUCGCGUUUUUAUCCCCACCCCUCCCCUCCCGUUGUUGAUAUGAUGUGGUGAGUGAAGAGUAAUGGUAACGUCUUAAUCGUGUGCAUCGCCAAAAGCUGUUAGCCUACGUGACAGGCGUCGAAGGAGGAGGGGAGAGGAGGGAAAGGGAUUUUUUCUGCCGUGGUUUUAUCCCCACCCCUCCCCUCUCGUUGUUGAUAUGAUUUGGUGAGUGAAGAGCAACGGUAACAUCUUAAUUGUGUGCAUCGCCAAAAGCUGUUAGCAUACGUGGCAGGCGUCGAAAGAGUAGGAGAGAGGAGGGCAAGAGAUUUCCCUUUCGGGCUUUUCUCCCCAUCCCUCCCCUUCCUUCCCCCCACCGUUUUGCCCCUGCCACGCAGGCGAAAAGCCGUUGGCAGUAAAACCCGCUCGGAAAAGAAAUGUCAAAAGUGCAAUUUUCUUGCCUACAGUUUUUGUUGGUUGAUUGCGCCGCACUAUUGACGCUACAUCAUGUAGGUUUACUCGUUUUUUAACUGUAAAUCAAACUAAAUUUCAGGAAAAUUAGAGGCAAACACUUUAAAUGGUAUUGAGCAAUUUGCACACUUUUGUUGCUAUUCUUCAUUUAAAAGAAAGUAAAAAUGUAAGUAUUUUCAUCAUUACAGCUACGAACACACUGUGUAUGUUCUGGACGCCCUCAUUUACUCAAUGACUCACUGGCCACGCGCUGGAAAAGGCCUGGACCGAAGAGUCUCGAUCUCAAGCCACGAUGGAGAUGACUCUAGUCACAGUUCUUCUCAGCCUCUGCAGAACGAGGAAGGGCCCUCGGGACAAGAAACUAGGCCGUCCCCUAAUACUACAGAAUCCAAACGACGCCGUCGCCAUAGCCAUGAUCGGGAAAGGAUCGUAACGUUUUUUGGCAUGGACGUGAUGCAUACUGAUAGAGAGAAGUUUCUAAACAGUCUGCAAGAUACAGUGCAACAGAAAUUUCCCAAAGUUCCCAAAGCAUCCUGGGAAGUUUUCACACAUAACGUGACAGUCGCUCGUCAGAAGUCUUGUGAUGAGACAAAUCUUGCGUUACAAAAAGAGAAUGAGGAGGAGAGCAAGCUACCAACCACAUUCAGCGCCUUGCCCAAGUAAGUACCGGUUAUCAUAUUGUUGAUUGUCAUAUACUGUAAACAGAGUCUCGUAGAAACCUAACCACUAUGCCAUCGAGUUGCCAUCGGUUUUCGGAAGGAGCGUGAGGUUGUUGGCGACAUUACUUCGUCGAAUCCGACGCAGCGCCGAAAUCCUUGUUUUGGGCCCCUGCCUGUGUACCCGGAUUUGAGAACGUGCCAUGAUUGGCCGUUAAAAAAACGCCAUUGUCAAAUUGCCAAUCAGGUUGAAAAGAAACUCGAAAUGCACUCCUGGUAAUUCGUUGAGUCCGGUGGACUCGGCGCUGCUUCACAGACGUUACUAACCGGGACUAGAUUACUUUGCGACGCAGGCUAUACAGAGAUAUGCUGUUUGUGUUUGCAGACACGAUGUGUCCUUCCCUCUGGUGCUGAUGUGGUCACCUGAUCUAGUGAUGGCCAGGUGGAAGAUCUCUGUGGAUCUGUUUUCCCGCAUUUUUCUUGCCGACGGACCUGGAGCCGAGAGAGAUAGCUUCCUGGCGGCGCGAGCUGGUGUGGCGGGUAGACUAGCAAGGUACAGUGGUGACCAACAUCGAAUUUCUCCUAACAAUAUUAUUGCCAAAUCAAAUGACCAGGUAAAAAGAAUGAGCAAAAUGAUCAGCACUGAGAAAAUAUCUUGGUGUUUGGACAAAUUCUCUCAAACAGUACAGUAAGAAUCAUAUGGAGAACAUUGAAGAGAAUAUACAUGUCGAUAUUGUGGCGUAAAGUUUAAAGUGGAAGUCAGUCCAGUAUUUUUUGUUCAGGACCAAAUCCGGGAUCGUGACGUUUAUCCACAAAAUACAGCUGUGGGUAAACGGGCGAAAAAUGUCUUCCCUGGGGUGCUUACUUUUUACAUGGGAGAUGCGGAAAUUCUGGUUAAAAAAUCAAAUGGUCCGCACCAUUCUGUUUGGGGAGCUUCAGAAAACAUGAGCUGUGAUUUUAGGGCAUUGAAUUUUUCUACUCUUUUUAAUCUGUUCACCUGAUUUGGAUUUACAUUGUAGGGGUUCAAUCUCCCACCAAGUCAAAUUUUAGAGUUUAUGUUUAUGCGCAAGAUUUUCACCUGGGUCUGGUUUGGGUAAAUGGUAAGCACACCUGCCGGUUUCCGCCGAAAAAGUAGUAGUGACUUUAUGGUAACCCCUUCCCCACCGUAAAAGAGAUGUCUUUGUAUGCUCAGCGAUUAGAGCAUCCAAACUAGAUCUCAAAGGGUCGGGAGUUCGAUUCUCACCUGGAGCUCGAAAGGGUUUUCUUUUUUUAGAUUUCUGGUGUUAGAUUUCUCCUUCUUCCAAAUUACGCCAGUAAGUUUAUAUCAGAACAGUGAUAAUCAUGUUUAUGUAUUGAUAUUGUUGAGAGAAAGUUUAUGUUGAUCAGUCUUGCCCUUCUUAUCAUCAUGUAUAUUUGUGUCCAGGUUCCGCCGCGCAGUUUCAUAUUUACGUGACUCUGUCACCAAUGAAUCCCAGCAGCUUGGUCCUUAUGGAUCAGUGGGAGGAAGAGUGGGUACCACUCUCUCUUUGUCAAUCAAGAGGCAAAAGAUCCUGGAAAGCACACUAAGAAUACUUGGAGAGGUGAUUAACAUUGUUUUAUAGUUUUGUAGGUUUGCUGGAAAGAUUCUCUUUUUGUGUUGAUAGCUUUCGCCUUUCUUCCAUAUAUUUACCCGAUGACCCAUUUUACAGUUGAGUAUUUUAUGGCCUGGUCUUUACAUGGAAGUGAGGCUGGGGUCGACUUCGUUAACAUUUAAACCUCAGUACUUUCAAAUAUUAUUUUGCAAUAUAGUAUGUGAACAAGGCAAGGAGGAGGUAUCAGAGACCCGAUUUCAAGCCCCACCCUGACCGCUAGCUGUAUGUUUUUCUCGGUAGUACGAAGUUCAAUCCUCGACCACCCCUUCAUCUUGUAAAUACAACCCAGCAGUAUCCUUUAUAUCAGUGGAAGUACACAAGUAGUUGCCUGGACCUUUUUAAAGUGACUAUACUAUCGGGAUUUAUGUCUCUUCUGAUAAGCUCGACAUUUCUUUCCGUCCAGUUGUGUUCUCUACCAUAGUAUAGAGAGUCCGUGUUGCCCCACAACAGUCUACCUUUGUCCUACUUCUCUUGCAGAUGUCUACCUUUCACUAUAGCAACCUGCGAAUCAAGUUUGAAGGAGAGGAAGGAUCUGGGCCUGGUGUUAACCGCGGUUUCUUUGCGGCGAUGGCGAAUGCACUCAAAACGGAUGAGAAGGUUGGAUUAAGGAUAACAUAGUAUUUAAAGAUGCUUUGCCGUAGAGGGUUGAUUAAAAGCCUCUUGGACUCUGUUUCUGUUCGAUUUUAUUGCUAUUUUUGAGGACUCUUUUGUAAAUCACUUAUCAGUGAAAUUGAUAUCCUCAUAAAGAUUAUUAUUAUUAUUAUUAUUAUUAUUAUUAUUAUUAUUAUUAUUAUUAUUAUUAUUAUUAUUAUUAUUAUUAUUAUUAUUAUUAUUAUUACCGAACGCGGAUUUGCCUCAUCGACUUGGGUAUUAGACACCUUUAGAUUUGAAGACGAGAUUUAAUUUAAAGUUUUGUCGCAUCUUCUCAAAAAAUAUACAUCCCGGAAAGCUUCAUUGUACUUUUUUUCUCCAGAAAAGUUUGAACAGUUCUUUUUAGUGCAGGAGUCUAUCCUUCUCCCGAUCGCAAAAUGAUAAAACUUUCUACCGUUGAUAACUCGUUUCCGCAUUACGACACUCUCGCCAAAUCCCGUAGUAGAAUGACGACGGGUGUCGCGUUUUCCCGCUAAGUAGGUACUUAGUUUGUAGUUCUAACUUUUGAGUCUGUGGAUGAAAACCUAUGAUGUGACCAUUCAAAUGAAACCUCUUCAGCAGUACUUUCAUCCGGUACUAUUUGUUUUUCAGCAUUUUUACAAAAUGGAAGUUGGAAAUUUUGUUGAAUUUUGUAGGCAAUUUUAGAAAUGAAAUGGCUAACGUAAAUCAAUUCAUUUUCAGAUUCCUGAUGAAACUACCACUUUGCUACAUGAACCGGGCAAACUACCAGAGCAAAGCGGCUUCUACGCCCCAACACCAUUUGCCUACAACGAAACAUCUGGAGCAGCCGAGAAUCACACAAAGGUAAUGCGAACUUGUCGCGGAACCUUGCCGAAUGUACUUAUUUAAACACACGAAAGUAAUGCGAACUUGUCACGAAACCUUGCCGAAUGUACUUAUUUAAACACACGAAAGUAAUGCGAACUUGUCACGAAACCUUGCCGAAUGUACUUAUUUAAACACACGAAGGUAAUGCGAACUUGUCAUGAAACCUUGCCGAUUGUACUUGUAUACUCUAAUACUCCUUGUCUUCUCUGUUUUGCUACAGACUCGUCGUCUUAAGAUGUUCACUGCUAUAGGCCGGUUCAUUGGUUUGAGUUUGUGGUUUAGCAACACUGUUCCAUUGAACUUCAGUAGACAUGUGGUUAAAUUCCUGCUGGAAAGGUAUUGGUUAUUGUGUCUCUCAUUUAAAUAUUUUGGCUCUAGAUAUGCUAUUAACUUUCUAUUGAAGCAUUCAAUGGGGCUUUUAUUCGAAUUGUGUCUUUUUAUCCUUGGUAUAUGAAUAAUCUCCAACGUACACUUUGUAAGCCCAAAGUUGUUUUCGAAGUUGUUCCUUUGUAUCGUCCUCUUCGUUUUUGUUUUGUGACGUUACUUCAUCCCCUGGGACUCAAGUUAGAGCUCAGAGUUGUUUCUGACAAAAUUUCCUCAUCACUGUUACCAAUUCAGCCCAUUCUUACGUCGUUUAAAAGUGCCCUCAAUGAAUUUACUUUCCUGUCCUAUGAGGACGGUAAAUUCGCCUUUAAUCUCAAAAUAUUCGCUAGGUGCUAAACAUUUCCAUCAUACACUUGGGCUCUUCCUAUUGUACGAAGCAAAGUCAACAUCAAUCAUAAUACCUGCCAGGGUCCAGCUAGGCCUUUGACCAAAACCCCUUCCCCUCCCCCGGUCAUGUUCUAGUCACGUAACAUGUCUCUUGUAGGUUAAGACACCUAACAGUUCCUAUAAUACUCCAGUUCAGAAACAAAUGUGGUCCUUAGUGCCAUUCUUAUGUUUCUUUGUUUUACAGUUUCUUGUUAUUAUAGUGCAAAAGUCGUUAUAUCUUCAACUUUUCCUUUAGGGAGGUGACGUGGGAAGACCUGGCCUUUUUCAAUGCCGACUUGUUUGAGGGACUCAGCCGAAUGAUUCUUGAUGGGACCCAUCCGCUGAUGACCCCAGAACGGUUCCAAGCAACGUACUGCUGUCAUUUUGAGGUAUGGAUUCGGCGCAAACAUCAUUCAAAUUGAACGUAAACUGUUUUAAGAACUGAAGUCUUUAUUUAGCCGUCCUGACUCCGAGCAACUUUUUCUUAUAACACAAUUCAUUUCUUAUUCUCUUAUAAAUUCCUGUACAGGCCUCAAAUCUCUUAGUCUCCUUUGAAGCCGCUCGGCCGGAGUCAUGCAAACUCCCCGCGAGCCUGCGUUACUCCGGCCCGAGCAGCUGCGAAGGAGACUACAAAUCUCUAGACUUGGCCUCAAACUGUCCCUGGCCGUUACUCCAAGCUAAUCUAGCGAUCGACGCCAAAAAGCGCGUUCUUUUUGAAGACCAAGCUCGCGAGUAGUAAGCUCGCGAACCGUGAGCAGAACGCGCGACAGGCGCGUCUGUAAAUGAGGGCCUUGCAAGAGUUACUUCACUUUUGAAAUAGCAAACUUACAACAUACAGGUGCACUGACAGUGUUUUUCGGGCUUGUUAAACACUCGUACACUUUUCAUACUUUUUCAAGUCCAAUGAGGCAUGGUGAAGAAUAGUUUAUCACAAAUUUCAUCCUUAAGUUCUCUCAGAACGGCUCCUCUCAGCGUUGCUGGAAAGUUGAAAAAGAUCCCUUACUUGGCGUUAAAUGUGGGCUUUUUUCUUUUCAUGUUAUUUCGUGACAGACCUCAGUCGGUGGCACUACCGAAGAGCUUAUUCCUGGUGGCUCUCAGAUUCCUGUAACACCAGAUAAUAUCUGCAAAUACGUUAGGUAAGUCAGUAAAUCAAUUCUCUUAGAGGUUGAAUAAACAGCUGCUAACUGAAACAAAACUUGAAGCACUACUGAAUUGGUGUCGAUAGUCUAUCACGGCGACGCAGCCGUUUUUCGUCACACAACGCUCCUCUCCAAGAGGAGGAGGGGAGGGUCGUUGCGUGACGCGACAAAAAAGGUUGCACGGGAGGAGAGACUAGAUAAUACAGUACUACCGAAGUAAAUUGAAGUCAAUGCUUAUGCAAAACUUUUGGGGAUAACCAAGGGGUAUAUGAAUAUAAUGAGCAAUACGAAAUUGGUGAAUAGCCUUGGAGUAGGAAUGAAAGUUCGUGGCUGGAUAGUUUUCCCCAUGGAGUUACUUUGGUCUUUAAGGAAGGCAAUACUUAAAGUCACUUUUAUGUACCAUGCUUUUUUACGAUUGUGAUUACUGGUUUGAUUUUUUUCAGGUUAUACGCUACUAAAGUGAUGUUUGGCUGCGUAGAAGAUGAAUUGCGCGCAAUGAGAAGCGGUCUUCAUGACGUCAUACCAUCUGAACUGAUGUCGUCUCUCACACCAGAGGACUUCCAACUGCUUGUGUCAGGUGGAACAACAGAUGUGGAUAUCAACCGACUUCGAUCUGUAAUCACAUUCAGUAACAGUAAUGGCUGCUCUGCUGAUAUACUGGAGCGAUUCAAGAGGUAAUGAAGAUCCGCCGUGUUUAAUACUUUCCUGGAACUCGGAUGAUUUGUAAACUGUUAAUAAAUGGAUUCGAUUUGCUAUGCGUUAGAUCACACGUCAUAAUGUGAUUAAGCCACAGAGUUGUAGCUCGUUUGUCCUGAUGUUUAUAGUUUGCAAUUUGCACAGUUGAGUUUUGGAUCUAAGGGCGCUUUCCAAAGGUCAGAACUGCGCGGCCAGACCAUGGCCGGACCAGUCAUUUUGACAAUGAAAAAGGCUAUUUCCAAGAGUUUUUGCUGAAAAACCAUCUCCUUCGUGUAUAUUAUUUAAGAUUUGACUGAUGUGCCCGGAUAGUGUUGAAGUGAAAUUCUCAUUACGACGGGAAUGGUCUGGCUUGUCAGUUCAGUGCACUAAGUUAUGAAAAUUGCACACGUAUUAAACAGACCUUUAUAUCCCAUGCUAUAUCUUUAGCUCCUAAGUACUCUCUCGUAAACACUGAAAAUCAAUUGAAAAGGGAAGCAGUGCUUAUGACCCCGAACCUCCUCACUGGGCCACCAAAGGGACACUGAAUGUGUCAAAAGACGACUGAAAACAUGUAAUUUUCUUUCCCUUCGUCAGGUGGUUCUGGUCAAUUGUACAGAAAAUGACUCCUCUUCAAAGGCAACAGCUGCUGUAUUUUUGCACUGGUAGUGCUGUUCUACCCGCUCUAUCUGAUAGAAGAGACCCCGAGCAAGGUAUUGUAUUCAUACUAUUCAUUGUUAUUGAAAAGAUAAACAUGCUGCUGUUGCUAUUAUAUUCAUUCGUUGCUCUGUUCAAUAAAUGUAGUUUCCGCGUGCAGCACUUUUAAAAGGCGGUGUUACCGUUGUGGUUCUAGUUUUGCUUUCCUUUGUUUCAUUCUGAAAAAGGCAUGGAUGAAAAUUGAACCACAACACAGACACUUGUGACGCAGAACUUCUAAAUAAGUGGCGAUACAAUGCUACGAUUUAAAUCUUUAAGCAUUAACGAAGCAAAUCACUAAGAAAUUAAUUCAAUGUGUCCAUAGAAUGCAUUUUAAGUCCACUCUUUCUGUGCGAAGUUAUCCUCGACGGACAACACCCUCCUCGAACUCCAUAAUUCUUCAUAAGAUACUCAGCCUCAUUCAUUAAUUGUUAAAUUUUCAAUGGUUUCCAGAAAGUAAUAUGUAGCGAAUUUGUUGUGAACUAGGACGUAGCGAAUUCGACAAGUAGCGAAACCGGUUGUUACCUUCCCACACGAGUAAGAUUGGGAAUAUGUCUCAACAAUUUUUUUUUUCGCUUUUUUUUAGAUUUGAGCAUCACUGUAGAAGUCAUUAGUGGCAAUACUAAGGCGUUACCAAUGGCAACCACUUGCGGUCAGCGAAUGAGUAUACCGCUCUACUCUUCCAAGAAAAUUCUAAAGCGAAAGCUUCUUCAAGCUAUUCAGUGUCAAAGCUACGGCUUGGGCUGAAGGCUCAGAUUUCUGUCAUGUAGAUUUUUACCGUUUACCUCAUUUUAAAACUGUUUUGCAACGAUAUCAAUCGAAGACUUGGUCGAAAACAUCUGGGUGAAGAUGAGGCUCGCCCAUGUGCAUUAUUUGUUUCCCACCCAGAAAUCUAGUGAAAUACCCAGGGACAGCGUCUAAAGGUUUUGUUGAACCAGUUUCAUUUUAGUUCAAGAAUAAUGUCAGCACCUGUACUUGCAAGAUCGUGUUCAAACAAGAAUGUUUAGUAAUUACAAGACAUAAACGUUUAAGUUGUUAUUGUCGAUGCUCAAGAGGAUUUGAUAGCCAUGCUUGUGAACACGACAAUGGAAAAUCCAAAACAAUAGUUUUUCACUUAAUAUAAAAAUAGUUAGUAUUUGUUUUCCCGUUAAUUCCCAUUUCUACCAAUAGAAGCUAUAGUUCCAUUGUUAACAAAACCUUUAACAGUAGAUUUUCUUGUUCGUAGAACUUUUGAACUUUCUUUAACCUCUUAGUUCUGUAAGUACACAUGUCCUAGCAUGAAAUAUGAACAGUGGAUCAGUGACUGAUUGUUUUAUGUAGAUCUAGAUGCCUUGUAAAGUUUAAUUGUAGUUAUGAAAAGCAUCAUCUGUAAAAUGGAGUCCUCAAACUCGCUUAUCGAUCACGAGGAAAAGGUAGAUAAAUGAACCAAUAAGUUACCGCUCAAUGACAGACAUCAUCUUACGCGGAUUGCUUCAUGAAUCUGACAAUUAGCAAAAAAUGCCAUUCUAUAUAACGUUUUUUCAUUGAAUUUAAGAGAACAUUCUUUAGAAACAGUAAAUGCGGCAAGUUGCGUAGGAAAAAGACCUUUACUCUCCGUUUGUCAUAAACGUACUACUUUGUUCUCUAAUAAAGGAAAUUACUACCGUGACGGCGAUUUGUUGCCAGAUACAAUAACCACCAAUCUUAUAAAUUAUGGUCUGACAGGCCGUGUAAAAGUCAAAAUAAAUGUUUCGUUCGGUAUCCAGACACCACAAGGAGACCUUUCUCGUGCCCUCGGCAAAGUACUGGAAUCAGCUUACAAACGAGGCUCGUAAAUCACCCUCGAUUUCAAGCUAACAGAAAUAGGAAAAUCGUUCAUUGCUGCGGCAAACAACAACAAAAGUUCGUCUUUGCAUUGUUUCUUUCUUAAAAUUCUUCUCGUUGUUUGGAUAUCUGGAUGGAACACUCGUAUUUGAUGAAUUGCUCGGGAUUUUAUUUUCUGUGUAGAGGAAAGUGUUUCGUAUUUACCUCUGUAAAGUAAAAAUUUUCAAGAAGAGUUCCACUGUAGUUACUUAAUAAAUUCAGUUUUAAGAAACCUCGU